AUGCGCUCCACUAUUGGAAUACUCGCCAUAGGCGGACUUCUGGCUCACUCUUCUUAUGCGGCACCCUCAGUCAAGAACUUCAUCUACAUCGUUCCAGAUGGAUAUGGUCCUGCAUCGCAGACUAUGGCACGGGACUAUGCCUCUCUACUUGAGAAUGGCCAGACGCCCGGUGCCCCAGUGAGCUACCAGCUUCCAGCUGACCAGAUGGUAAUUGGCAAUGUACGCACCCUUGCUAGCAACAAUCUUAUCACCGAUUCUGCUGCCUCUGCCACGGCCUUUGGCUGUGGUGUCAAGACAUACAACAACGCAAUCGCCGUUGAUGAUGACGGCCAGCCGGUUGGAUCAAUCCUCGAGGCGGCUAAGCUUAACGGCUUGCGAACGGGACUAGUUGUGACAAGUACCAUAAACCACGCAACUCCAGCAUGUUAUGUUGCGCACGUCGCAGACCGUAACUCAUAUGCUAAGAUUGCUGAGCAUGAGAUUGGCUAUGGUCAUCCGUUGGGACCAGCAGUUGAUAUCCUUAUGGGAGGUGGCCGUUGCUAUUUCAAGCCGCAAUCCGACGAGACAUCUUGUCGUUCUGACGACAUUGAUUUAAUCUCUUUCGCCAAGGAUCAUGGCUACUAUGUCAUGCAAAAUCGCUCUGCCUUUGAUAAUCUUGAAGGUGGCAAAGGAGAUAUUCCACUGCCUUUCCUUGGCCUAUUCAAUGAUGAUCAAAUGAAGUAUGAGAUAGAUCGUUCUAGGCAGCCCGAGGAUGGCGAGGAGGAGCCUUCACUUCUUGAGAUGGUCCAAACCUCGCUCAAUGCCCUCCACCGCGCGACUAGCUGCAAGAAGAAGGGCUUCUUCCUUAUGAUCGAGGCAUCUCGCAUCGAUCACGCUGGCCACGCGUCAGACCCAGCCGCUCACUUGUUUGACACGCUCAUGUACAACGAGGUAAUGGGUUUCGUUCGCGAGUGGAUUGACGCCCAUCCGGACACGAUGAUGAUGAGUGCCGCGGACCACGAGUGUGGCGGCUUGACCCUCAGGGGCUACAACCCCCUACCACUCGGUGGUGCUACCGCCAGCACGGAAGUCUUGGCUCGCCGCUUCAGUGAGUUCUCUGGCACUGAUGCUGAGAAGCGCGCUUUCUUGAAGUCGGAGAUCCUACCCGCAUACGGUCUGGAGGAUGCCACAGAUACCGAGAUCAACACGCUGCUGGCUGCCAGCAGUCUAUCGACUGAGAUGGGUAACCUGCUAGCCAGCCGCGCCGGAGUGAAUUGGAGCACUGGAGGUCACACCGCGACAGAUAUCACUCUCUAUGGAUACGGUGCAGGAGAUAAUGGACGAGCCAUCAAGGCUGAUAUGGCUGGAAACUGGGACAACACCCAACUGCCGGGAUAUAUCGAGGCCGCAUUGGGGGUGAAGAUCUCUGAUGUGACCACAAUUCUUCGUGCCAACGGUACUGGCUGGGUUGGUAAACGCGAUUUCACGAAACGCGCUGACGAUCACAUCCACAGCCAUGAGCACGCUCAUUAA